AAAUAAGCUUUGAAAAUGUCGGGAUUAAAUCUGAAACCAGGUUACCUGUUCGCCGUGACUUCGAUACUGUUGUCAUUUUUGUCAGGGUCUGACGGGAUAGCGUGCCUUAACUGUGGGCGCGUCGCAGCGGACCUGCUGCACUGCUCGACAAUAGUAGAGUGUAACCCCGAUGAGGCAUGCUAUGUGGACAGGACAUUGACGACACUUGGCGGGUCGCCGCAGUUCUCCGCCGGUUGCAGGAGGAUCUCAACGUGUGCCAACCAAAACCUUACAACCGGUGACGCAGUGUGUUCUCAGUGCUGUUAUUCGGACAUGUGCAACAUGCGAGGGUGUGGCUCGGAUUUUUACGGUGACCCAAGAUCAGUGCUAAAAUGCUACGGAUGCGGAGACAUAGCCGUGGGAGACAAAUGUCCUGACAUUGCUCAGUGUGACAAAACAUUGGAGUCGUGUGUGAUCAAGCAUGGCGCGACUGGAAAAGCGCUCGGAUGCAUAAAGUCAGCGACGUGUCGGUUUUUGUACGAUCACGUCUAUUCUCACCAGCCGCCAGAAACUUGGGAUGUGAAAUGCUGCGACACAAACCUCUGCAAUUGGGACACGUGGAACCUCAAUAGAACCGUCAUACAUCCGGUCCAUGGAGGUUGGUCGACAUGGUCGCCCUGGUCAAACUGUGACGUCACGUGUGCUAGCGGACACGUGACUCGGAAGCGCACGUGCUCGAAUCCCGCGCCUGAGAACGGAGGCAACAACUGCCCAGGGGUAGCAUUUGAAACGCAGAACUGCACACGACCUGAAUGUCCAAUUGAUGGUGGCUGGGACAUUUGGACGUCAUGGUCUCACUGUAGUGUCACCUGUGGACAUGGUAACAUGACCAGAACUCGCGCAUGCGCAAAGCCGCCUCCGUCGCACGGUGGCAAUAAUUGCACAGGACAACACGUGGAAACCAACACAUGCACCGAGCCCGCGUGUCCAAUUUAUGGAAACUGGAGCAACUGGUCAUCGUGGUCCACCUGUGACGUCACAUGCGCAAAUGGUCACGUGACUCGAACGCGCACCUGCACGAAUCCUGCGCCUGCGCACGGCGGACUAACAUGCGUAGGUGACAACAGUCAGAAAAACACGUGCACUCAAAAUCCUUGUCCAGGUGAAAACGACUGUGAUUUUGAAUCCGCCGAUUUGUGUUCCUGGCAAAACGUACAAGGUGAUGACUUUAACUGGGUACGUCAACAUUCCUCAACUCCCACGGACGAUACUGGGCCUGAGUUUGACCACUCCUUGAAAAACGCAUCAGGCUUCUACAUGUUCAUAGAGACGAGUGCCCCAAGAGCGCAGAAUGAGUCCGCCCGACUGCAGAGCCCUUUGAUAAAGCCUCAGAAAGAGAUAACACAAUGUUUCCAGUUUUGGUACCACAUGAAGGGUUCCUCUAUAGGCCAGUUGAACGUGUACCAGUCGAAAGGAGGGUCGCUUCCGGGUGACCUAGUUUGGAGCCUCAGUGGGGAGCAGGGUCCAGAUUGGAGCAUGGGUCGAGUUCCGGUCAAUGCUAGCACAAAUUAUCAGAUGGUCAUUGAGGGAAAGGUUGGCGAUGGAUACCUGGGUGACAUUGCGGUUGAUGACGUCAGCUUCACCGACGGAAACUGUCAGCCUGUACCAUUGAAUGCCACCGUACAUCCAGUUAACGGGGCCUGGACGACCUGGUCAUCAUGGUCUUCAUGCGACGUCACAUGCGGAAAUGGAGAGUCAACAAGAACGCGCACCUGCUCGCAUCCCGCGCCUGCGCAAGGCGGUCAUAACUGCAACGGGGAUGACAUACAGACGACAUCAUGCACAAUGAAUCCUUGUUCAGUCGAUGGCAGUUGGUCAGAUUGGACGUCAUGGUCUAACUGUGACGUCACAUGCGGUGACGGUCACGCGCAGAGAACGCGCACCUGCUCAAACCCAGCGCCAUCUUCCGGGGGACGUCCAUGUUCUGGACUUGACUUAGAUAGAACCAGAUGCUCUACCGGGAAAACAUGUCCAGUUGACGGAGGCUGGACAUCUUGGAUCGCGUGGACCGGAUGUGACGUCACGUGUGGUGCAGGUUACAUGUCCCGCGACAGGAACUGUAGCAACCCUGUCCCGAAAUAUGGCGGCAGCAACUGCGGUGGAACACACAAUGAAACAAAAUCGUGCACACUAAACCCUUGUCCAGUUGACGGAGGCUGGACAUCAUGGACAACGUGGAGCGGAUGUGACGGCACGUGUGAUACAGGUCACAUGAUCCGAGAAAGAAACUGCAGCAAUCCAGUCCCAAAAUACGGGGGCAGUGAAUGUAGUGGAACACACAAUGAAUCAAAAGUGUGCACUCUAAGCCCCUGUCCAGUGAACGGGGCUUGGACGACCUGGUCAUCAUGGUUGUCAUGUGACGUCACAUGCGGAAAUGGAAAAUUAACAAGAACGCGCACCUGUUCUUAUCCCGCGCCUGCGCACGGCGGUUAUAACUGCACCGGGGAUGACAAACAGACGACACCAUGCACAAUGAAUCCUUGUCCAGUCGAUGGUAGUUGGUCAGAUUGGACGUCAUGGUCUAACUGUGACGUCACAUGCGGUGACGGUCACGCGCAGAGAACGCGCACCUGCGCAAACCCAGCGCCAUCUUCCGGAGGACGCCCAUGUUCUGGACUUGACUUAGAAAGCACCAGAUGCUCUACCGGGAAAACAUGUCCAGCCUGGUCCGCAUGGUUUGAGACGCCGUGCUCGGUCACGUGUGGAACCGGAAGUAAGAGUCGACUGCGACACUGCAGCACCGGACAUGCCGAUGACUGCACCGGAAGUCACCAAGAAACUGUACCAUGCACGCAGAACCCGUGCUCAGUUGACGGAGGCUGGACAUCUUGGAUCGCGUGGACCGGAUGUGACGUCACGUGUGGUGCAGGUUACAUGUCCCGCGACAGGAACUGUAGCAACCCGGUCCCGAAAUAUGGCGGCAGCGACUGUAGUGGAACACACAAUGAAACAAAAUCGUGCACACUAAACUCUUGUCCAGUUGACGGAGGCUGGACAUCAUGGACAACGUGGAGCGGAUGUGACGUCACGUGUGAUACAGGCCACGUGAUCCGAGAAAGAAACUGCAGCAACCCAGUCCCGAAAUACGGGGGCAGUGAAUGUAGUGGAACACACAAUGAAACAAAAGUGUGCACUUUAAACCCCUGUCCAGUGAACGGGGCUUGGACGACCUGGUCAUCAUGGCUGUCAUGUGACGUCACAUGCGGAAAUGGAAAAUUAACAAGAACGCGCACCUGCUCGCAUCCCGCGCCUGCGCACGGCGGUUAUAACUGCACCGGGGAUGACAAACAGACGACACCAUGCACAAUGAAUCCUUGUCCAGUUGAUGGCAGUUGGUCAAAUUGGACGUCAUGGUCUAACUGUGACGUCACAUGCGGUGACGGUCACGCGCAGAGAACGCGCACCUGCGCAAAUCCAGCGCCAUCUUCCGGAGGACGCCCAUGUUCUGGACUUGACUUAGAAAGCACCAGAUGCUCUACCGGGAAAACAUGUCCAGCCUGGUCCGCAUGGUUUGAGUUGCCCUGCUCGUUAACGUGUGGGACCGGAAGUAAGAGUCGACUGCGACACUGCAGCACCGGACAUGCCGACGACUGCACCGGAAGUCACCAAGAGACUGUACCAUGCACGCAGAACCCGUGCUCAGUUGACGGAGGCUGGACAUCUUGGAUCGCGUGGACCGAAUGUGACGUCACGUGUGGUGCAGGUUACAUGUCCCGCGACAGGAACUGUAGCAACCCGGUCCCGAAAUAUGGCGGCAGCGACUGUAGUGGAACACACAAUGAAACACAAUCGUGCACACUGAGUCCUUGUCCAGUUGACGGAGGCUGGACAUCUUGGACCUCGUGGACCGGAUGUGACGUCACGUGUGGUGCAGGUUACAUGUCCCGCGACAGGAACUGUAGCAACCCGGUCCCGAAAUAUGGCGGCAGCGACUGCAGUGGAUCACACCAUGAAACAAAAUCGUGCCCACUAAACCCUUGUCCAGUUGACGGAGGCUGGACAUCAUGGACAACGUGGAGCGGAUGUGACGGCACGUGUGAUACAGGUCACAUGAUCCGAGAAAGAAACUGCAGCAAUCCAGUCCCAAAAUACGGGGGCAGUGAAUGUAGUGGAACACACAAUGAAUCAAAAGUGUGCACUCUAAGCCCCUGUCCAGUGAACGGGGCUUGGACGACCUGGUCAUCAUGGUUGUCAUGUGACGUCACAUGCGGAAAUGGAAAAUUAACAAGAACGCGCACCUGUUCUUAUCCCGCGCCUGCGCACGGCGGUUAUAACUGCACCGGGGAUGACAAACAGACGACACCAUGCACAAUGAAUCCUUGUCCAGUCGAUGGUAGUUGGUCAGAUUGGACGUCAUGGUCUAACUGUGACGUCACAUGCGGUGACGGUCACGCGCAGAGAACGCGCACCUGCGCAAACCCAGCGCCAUCUUCCGGAGGACGCCCAUGUUCUGGACUUGACUUAGAAAGCACCAGAUGCUCUACCGGGAAAACAUGUCCAGCCUGGUCCGCAUGGUUUGAGUUGCCCUGCUCGUUAACGUGUGGGACCGGAAGUAAGAGUCGACUGCGACACUGCAGCACCGGACAUGCCGACGACUGCACCGGAAGUCACCAAGAGACUGUACCAUGCACGCAGAACCCGUGCUCAGUUGACGGAGGCUGGACAUCUUGGAUCGCGUGGACCGAAUGUGACGUCACGUGUGGUGCAGGUUACAUGUCCCGCGACAGGAACUGUAGCAACCCGGUCCCGAAAUAUGGCGGCAGCGACUGUAGUGGAACACACAAUGAAACACAAUCGUGCACACUGAGUCCUUGUCCAGUUGACGGAGGCUGGACAUCAUGGACAACGUGGAGCGGAUGUGACGCCACGUGUGAGAUAGGUAACGUGUUCCGAGAAAAAAACUGCAGCAACCCAGUGCCGAAAUACGGCGGCAGCGACUGCACUGGGUCACACAUUGAAACAAAAUCGUGCACACUAAACCCUUGUCCAGUUGACGGAGGCUGGACAUCGUGGACUACGUGGAGCGGAUGUGACGUCACGUGUGGAACAGGUCACGUGACCCGAGGCAGAAACUGCAGCAAUCCAGUACCGAAAUACGGCGGCAGCGACUGCAGUGGAACACACAAUGAAACGAAAUCGUGCACACUAAACCCCUGUCCAGUUGAUGGAGGCUGGACAUCGUGGACCACGUGGAGCGGAUGUGACGUCACGUGUGGAACAGGUCACGUGACCCGAGGCAGAAGCUGCAGCAACCCGGUCCCAAAAUAUGGCGGCGGGGACUGUAGUGGAACACACAAUGAAAUACAAUCGUGCACACUAAACAAGUGUCCAGAAUGGUCGCCAUGGUUUUACACGCCAUGUGACGUCACAUGCGGGACUGGUUCCCGGUCCAAGUUACGCUCUUGUUCCACCACACGCGACGAGGAUUGCAGCGGGAAUGCAUAUGAUACGGAGUCGUGUAAUUUGCAGGAAUGUUCUAGUUUAGAUAGUGCUGCAAUCCUUGGGUGUGACUUCGAUAAUAAAACGUUAUGCCAUUGGUCCAACGUUUUAAUAUCAGACGCUAUUGAUUGGUCAAUACAACCGUCUGAUCAUACCCAAAUUCUUUCCGAUCACAAAUCAAGUUCAGGAUCAUUCAUAAUUCUUAACAAAACAUCGGCAGUGCCAAAGGGAGCUAAAGCAGUGUUGAAAAGUGCCGAGCUGCCUCCGUCGACCGGCGACUGCCUUCAGUUCUGGUACAUCGCAAAAGGCGUCGAUAUAGGGGAGAUAACCGUAUACAUUCACACUGAUACCAAUACCAAGACUCGGGUCUGGUCGCUUGGAAACGGUCACGUUACUGGAUGGGAGCUAGGCAACGCAACUUUGAAAUCCGAAAACUCACAUUUCCAUGUUUCCUUUGAAGGCGUGAUAGGCGAUGGUAUAUCCGGGUACUUAGCACUGGACGACAUCACCAUGGUUAACGGAGACUGUGUUCUUCCGGUCCACCACAGUAACACAGCCGCACUCAUCGGCUGAGGCGUAGAUUGAUAUUGCAAUGUAACCUGUUUGAUAAUAUAAUGUACACACAGUG